AUGUUGCCUCGUUGGGAGCAUGUGCUUGAUACAUUUGCUUAUAUUCCAGCUGAUACGACCAAUGAAAAUGACUACAAUGGGGCAUACAACAAGCUUCUCUUCACUACGUUCUAUCCCUAUACGGCUUGCCCAUUCUAUCCUGACGAACUCAACCCCUGUGUGAAGACUGACAAGAGCUCUUCACUCAUUCCCUCCUCCUCUCGCCCAAAUGUAGCUGUUCCUACUAUUCAGAACGACCAGCCUCGUGAUCCUCUGGAUUUCCCUGCGACGUCAACCACACCCCCCAAUCGCUCUGCCUCUGCGCAUGCUGUGACUCAGGCGCCAGAUAUCCAUCCCCACCAGAACUCUCGACAACCCACCGCCUAA